AUGGAUUUGAAUACCGAAAAUAUUAGUAAUCUCAUCUCGGAGAUGGAGGAUGAACAAGUUGACAAGGAUAUUGAGCCAUUGAGUAAUAGCGAUAAGUUGUUGAUUGCCAAAGCAAAAGCGUUUAACAGCAGCAUCUUCGUAGGUAACUUGGAUCAUAGUGUUACGAAACAGGAGUUGAAUGAGCUCUUCUGCAGGUGCGGUUGCAUCAAGAAAAUUAAGAUACCUAAGGUCAAUGGAUUGCCGAAAGGUCAUGCCUUUAUCGAGUUUUUAGUUGAGCAUUCCAUAUACGAAGCAACUACCCUGGAUGGCACUUAUCUUGGUGAUAAACCAAUCGAGGUUAGUCCGAGGAAUAUGGAUAGACAUGGUAGUAAGAUCCACGAAACAGCCAUGGAAGUGCAAAUUAUUGACGAGAACUGUAAACCAUCCACGUCGAUGAGUAUAGACGACAAAGAAGAGACGCGUAACAAUUGCAUCUACGUGAGUAACUUAGAUCCAAAAGUUACAAAGAUCGAUUUGGGAGAGCACUUCUUCAAGUGCGGCUUCAUCGAGAACAUCAGUAUUCCUGUUUGUGAGACCACCGGCUUGCCCGAAGGUCACGCUUACAUCAAUUUUUACGAAGAGAAUUCCGUGUUCACUGCAACCUGCAUGGAUGGUACUUAUCUCUACGAUAAGCCGAUCCAGGUGCAUUCGAAUACACCUGCAAACACGUCCAACGACCACUAUACCAACGAUUUUGGACCAUUCCCAGAAGUAGAGGAUUCUAACCAAGAAGAUGAGCAAGAAAAGGAAAGUGAGGAUUCUAGUAGCAUCGACGCAGAAAUGACCGAGGAGGAAUUGGCCGAAUGGCAACGGAGUGAAGCUGUGAUGAGAGUCCGCCGAUGGAGAAUCACCAGCAAACCAUACUAG